UGUCAUUUCAGUGCCGCAGCCCCCGCGUCGCAUCUACGCAAAUUACGGUGAGGAUGUUGAACAUUUGAGCCAUUGACAAAUGCGCUUGGGGAACAUUUGCUUUUAAUAAAUCAACAAACAACUAUAGAGGGCGUCUGUUUUUGAAAUGAUUUCCUAAAUAGACCGCAUUCCUGCAUGUGUGUCAGGGAAGAGGUCGAAGCACGCGCGCUUAUGCGACAUUCUCGCUGCGGAUUGUUUUCGCGGCUUUACGGUAAAAAACGGCCUCAAGUUUGUCUACGUUGAAUGUUACAGCAAACCUACGCCUUGGGAGUUGUGAUGGAGGACAAGUUAUCCAGAAGUUUGACUCUACCUCGGAAAUAACAACCUACGAGACUACGAGGGUUUAAAGUGACAUUUCGAGGCGACGGUUUCUUUGGUGGUGUGUCACGGUCCAGUAGCCUUAUGGCUAGCCCUGAGUCGAAUGCAGCUCAAAGGUGGCGGAAAUGUGUGGACUCUGUGAUAGUCAACCUUACUGAGGAUCAGCUGAAGUCUAUUGAAAACAACAGCGAAGAGCGUGACUUUUUUGUGGUCCAUCACCUGGCAGACUUGAAGGAAGGAUCGAUUUCUCCUCUCAUUCAUGGCACGCCGAUCACCUGCAAAGUGGAAAACACGGAGCGAUACACCACCCGCUCCAAGGUACAUGUGUGUACUCUAUACACAGUUCGUCUGACACAUGGCGAGUUCACAUGGACAGUGAAAAGAAAGUACAAGCACUUCCAGGAGCUCCACCGGGACCUGUACAAACACAAAGUGAUGCUGCAGUUCUUGCCUCUGGGGAGAUUUGCAGUACAGAGACAACAGCUGGCAGGUUUGACAGAGGAGAUGCCGACUUUACAUGGAACCGAUAGAAUCAGGAGAACGUCUAGUAAACCGAAAUAUCUGGAGGAGUAUUUAAACAACUUGCUAGAAAACACUUUCUACAAGAACUAUCAUGGGAUGAUGGACUUCUUGGCGAUCAGUCCAUUGUCGUUCAUCAGAGACCUUGGACCCAAAGGCCUUGAAGGUUAUAUUCUGAAACGGUCAGGGGGUCACCGCAUCCAAGGGCUCAACUGUAUCGGACACCAUCAGUUCUGCUUCCGCUGGUCUCGCCGCUGGCUUGUGGUGAAGGAUUCGUUCCUCCUGUACAUGUCCAGAGAUCCUGGCAUUGUGUCGUUUGUUCUACUGUUUGACCCUGAGCUCAAUGUGCUGGUUGGACGUGUUUACACUGAUAUCCAACACGGCGUUUGCAUCGAGAAUUUCGGCAGGAAGCUUGUGAUCAAGUGCAGCAGUUACAGGCAGGCCCUGUGGUGGAGUCAUGAGAUUCGCAGUCUCUCUGAGCGCUGUGAUUUCUAUAAGAUGCAUCGAUUUGAAGGCUUUGCCCCACCCAGAACGGACACCCUCACAAAGUGGUAUGUUAAUGGCCAUGGCUAUUUCUCAGACCUGGCUGAUGCACUGGAACAGGCCAAGGAGGAGAUCUUCAUCACUGAUUGGUGGCUCAGUCCAGAGGUUUUCCUCAAACGACCAGCAACUGGAACAUACUGGCGCUUGGACAAGAUUCUCAAACGCAAAGCAGAACAGGGAGUAAAGGUGUGUGUGCUGUUGUAUAAGGAGGUAGAACUGGCUUUGGGUAUCAACAGUGGAUAUAGCAAGAGAAAACUGAUGAGCCUGCACCCCAAUAUCAAGGUGAUGCGUCAUCCUGAUCAUGUGGCCUCAGUUGUGUUCCUCUGGGCCCAUCAUGAAAAAAUGGUCGCCAUCGACCAAUCAGUGGCCUUCGUGGGUGGGUUGGACCUUGCGUUUGGGAGGUGGGAUGACAGCGAUUAUAGGCUAAGCGAUCUGGAUCCCCCAAAACCAGCCAGUACUCCAGAGGCAGCAUCAGAGGGUGACACUUUGGACGGCUCUGCAGUUCCUCUGACACAGCCUGCGUCAGAGUGUGAGGAUGAAGUAGAUCUGAGCUGUAAUGCCCUCUUGUGGCUUGGGAAAGAUUACAGCAACUUUAUCAAGAGGGACUGGACACAGCUGGAUCAGCCUUUCCAAGACAAUGUUGACAGAACUCAGGUGCCACGCAUCCCCUGGCGAGACCUGGGUGCAGCGCAUCAUGGGAAAGCAGCUAGAGAUCUGGCACGACAUUUCAUCCAGCGCUGGAACUUCACUAAGAUUUUUAAGAACAAGUAUAAGGAUGACUUCUACCCGUAUCUCCUGCCAAAAUCUCACUGCACAGCAGACAGACUGCCUUUUAGCAUCCCCGGUGCCACAAAAGCCUCUGUACAGGUUCUUCGUUCAGUUGAUCGCUGGUCUGCUGGCACAUGUGAACACUCAAUCCUCAAUGCUUAUGUGCAUGUUAUUGAGAAGAGCCAGCAUUACAUUUAUCUAGAGAAUCAGUUCUUCAUCAGCUGCGCCGAUGAGAAGAAUGUCCACAACACCAUCGGAGAUGCCAUUGUCAAGCGAAUCCUACGAGCUCACAGCGAGGGGAAGAAGUUCAGGGUGUUUGUUGUCAUUCCUCUCCUGCCCGGCUUUGAGGGAGACAUCAGUCAGGGUGGAGGAAAUGCCAUUCAGGCAAUACUGCACUUCACCUACAGAACGAUUAAUCGAGGAGAACACUCCAUUCUUUCAAGAUUAAAAGAACAAAUGCAGGACAAAUGGACGCAGUAUUUUUCUCUGUGUGGUUUGCGAACACACUCUCAGCUCGGCCCGUCUCCUGUUACAGAGCUCAUCUAUGUGCACAGCAAAGCCCUCAUCGCCGACGACCGAUGCUACAUCAUAGGGUCAGCCAACAUCAAUGACAGGAGCAUGCUGGGUACUCGCGACAGUGAGCUGGCAGUGCUGGUCGAGGAUGAGGAAAGAGUUUCUUCAGUCAUGGAUGGAGAGGAGUACCAGGCUGGACCGCUGGCACUAGCCUUACGAAAGGAGUGCUUCAGUGUACUACUUGGAGCAAAAUCCGAUCCCUCUCUGGACAUUGAUGAUCCAAUCAGUGAUGAUUUCUUCAAUGAUGUCUGGAACAAAGUCGCUCAAACAAAUGCCAUCAUCUAUGAGAAGGUCUUCCGAUGUCUUCCACUGGACUCCAUCCGCAACCUGCGUGAGCUGAUGGAUCACGUAAACUCAGAGAACCUCAGUCUUGCCGACCCGGAGAAAGCCAGAGAAGAGCUCCAGGCAAUCCGAGGCAUUCUGGUCCAUUUCCCACUGCACUUCCUGUGCGAGGAGAACCUGCUCCCACCACUUAAAAGCAAAGAACGAAUGGUUCCUAUUGAAGUGUGGACGUAGCAGGGAAGAGAAAACAGUCUGAAGUGUGCCAGUAAAAAUCAAAACUUAGCAAGAAGGUAUGGUGGUGCCCAAACUCAAUCCUGGAGGGCCGGUGUCCUGCAAAGUUUAGUUCUAACCUCAAUCAGACACACCUGGGCCAGCUAAUCAAGCUUUUACUAGGCUUUCUAGAAACAUCCUUGCAGGUGUGUUGAGGCAAGUUGGAGCUAAAAUCUGCCGGACAUCAACCCUCCAGGACCAAGUUUGGGCGCCCCUGGUUUAGACUGAAGUAAUGGAUGAUUAGCUCUGAACACUAACCCAGAUAUAGAGUAGAAUGAUCUAUUUAAACAUUAGUAACAUGAUAAUCAAACAGUGCAGUUGCUUAUACAUGACAAUGCAGCCAAAUGACCUUGAUGUUCUCCCCAAAUUCCCAUUACAACCACAAAAG